CGAAGUCCCGGGCUCCCUGCGCCAGAUUCAAUCUAUGUGCUACCGAAAAGGGAGCGUGGCAACGGUCUUCACACGCACAUCUUCGUAUCGCUCUUCACAAGAAAAAGGAUCUGAGACUGUCAGAUCUUUGUGUUUAUCUCUCCGCCAAUAGGUACAAUAAACUUGUACACAUGCGUAUGAGCCCAACGAUGAACGAACCGAAGAAGGAAAGUGUGAAUAAGCCUUGAAUCGGAGCUCUGUUUUUGGGGCGUCGAGAGGAAAGCCAUGACAGACGCCCUUACUUUCUCCAACAAGGAGAGCUUUAUUGUUAAACCAUUUAAGAAGGACACACUGGCAUUGAGGAUGGUGGUUUUGAUUUUUGUGAUGCUGUGUGGAGUAUACAUAAGUGCAGUUUGUCUUAAGCAGUUUAGUUGGCUGAAAACUGGACAGACAUUGGGUAUACAGAUCAUAGGCAGACAAUGUGAUGAGAGUGAUAUCGAACCUUCCGAAAAACCUUAUUUGCAUUUUCCGAAACCAAAGACUUUCAGCAGGGAAGAGUGUGCCUGCAAUCCUGUGAGGAACUUUGCGAUAUUGUCAACCCAAAGGUCUGGGAGUGGAUGGUUUGAAACAUUGUUGAACAGUCAUAUCAACAUUAGCUCCAAUGGGGAGAUAUUCUCAGUUAAGGUCCGGAGAAGUAACAUAUCGACGAUUGUGGAAACUUUAGACAAAAUCUAUAAUCUGGACUGGUUUUCAAGUGCGUCGAAGAAUGAAUGCACAGCUGCAGUUGGGUUGAAAUGGAUGCUUAAUCAGGGCCUUGUGCAAAAUCAAGAAGCAAUAGCAGAAUACUUCAAAACUAAAGGUGUAUCAGUCAUUUUUCUUUUCAGAAGGAAUCUUCUACGCAGGAUGGUAUCCAUUCUUGCCAAUUCUUAUGAUCAACAAGUCAAGCAACUGAAUGGUACUCAUAAAUCCCACGUUCACUCUGUCCAUGAGGCAGAGACACUUGCUCAAUACAAGCCGGUCAUCAAUACCACAACGAUCAUCGCCAAUCUGAAGCAAGUGGAAGAUCUGGCAAACAAAGCCUUGCAGUACUUCAAGGGCACGCGGCACAUGAUUCUCUACUACGAGGACGUAGUGAAAAAUCAGACAAAACUAGUGGAUGUUCAAGCAUUUUUGAAGGUUCCACAGAGAGACCUUUCUAGUCGGCAAGUAAAGAUACAUAAAGGGACCCUGUUUUCGCAUGUGGCGAAUUGGGAGGACGUGAAGAAGGCGCUGAAUGGAACGCGGUACCAAAGUUUCUUGCAAGAAGAUUACAAGUUGUGACCACUGUACAGUGCUUUAGCCUUUAGCCUAUUUAUUGAUUCUUUUAACUAUAGGAACAAAAGGGCUUCUGCCUGGCCAAAGUUUCGCCAUAGGAUGAUCUUAAUUAAUACUUAUCUACCCUACCUGAGACUGUUAUAGGUUCACAUCAUCUCCAAAAUGGUAUAUGGUGUAAUCUAGUUUUGAUGAAAUUAUUUAUUUUGACCCA